AUGAACACAGGCACAGCUGUGACGUCUUCAGUCAUCUGUGUUGGGGUGAUUACGUGUAGCUCACCAACUAGCAGCAGCAGCAGCAGCUAGCUUGUCAGACGAGACAGUACCCAGCGAGUUCAUAUCGACUGCCACAACGAUAGCUAUUUUUUAGUGUAUACGGAGAAAAGGCGAAAGUACAGUCAUUGAGCACCCGAAAACGCCACGGACUGAUAUUUUGUCGAAUUUAAUAUGAUGUAGCAGAAUGGAAUUACCAGUACAAACUUGUUUUGAGUGGUACUGCAUAAGGACGAGGCUCUGUUUCGGUCCUCAGAACAAGCUAGAGCCAUAAACUCUAUGCAUCGCGUGAAGUCACUUACUCUCCAGAAACAGCAAAUUUCACUCAAAAAGAGACACUGAAGGGACAGACAUGUUUGCCAAGUUGAAGAAGAAGAUCGCAGAGGAGGCGGCCACAGCACCUCGGAGUGGUGUUCGUAUACCGCGCACUAUCAGCAAGGAAUCCAUCACCUCAGUGGGGGCAGACUCGGGGGAUGACUUUGCCUCCGAUGGCAGCAGCUCCAGGGACGACCUGCCCGCCCAGCUCCUCAGAAGAAAUGAUCAGAUCCGGAAGCUGGAGGCCAAGCUAUCAGACUACGCUGAGCAGCUACGAAUUAUGCAGAAGACCAAGGACAAGCUUGAAAUUGCAUUAGAAAAGCAUCAGGAUUCAUCCAUAAAGAAACUUCAAGACCAGAACGAGUGUCACCAGGCCAACAGAGCCAAAAUGGCAGAGGGGAUGACUUUAGCACUGGAGAAGAAGGAUCAGGAAUGGAUGGAGAAGAUGGCCGUUGUGGAAAAGGACAAGGCUGCCCUGUCAGCCCGGCUAGAGGAGAUGAUGGAGCAAAGCUUAGUACUCUUCCAGAAAAGGGAUGACCUGGAUGAACUGGAGGGCUUUCAGCAGCAGGAGCUCGCUAAAGUUAAACACAUGUUGCUGAAGAAGGAGGAGCAGCUAAGCCAGCGGGAGCGGGAGCUCCAGCAGAAGGAGGCUGAAGUUCACUCAGCAAAACGAGGGCUGUCUGAGGCUCGGGGGAAACUCCAGGCUCUGGAAAAGCAGCAUGAGGAGAGCUGCAGGCUCAACUCUGAGCUUGAAAUAGAGAGAGAGGAACUGCUGCUGCUCAGAGAGGAGGCAGACAAGAAGAUCAGUGAGCUGGAGGGACAAUGCCAGGAGCUGCAGGCAGUCAUCCAGCAGGUCUCUGAAGACUUCCAGAAGUCACAGAGUAUGGUGUCGACUUUAGAGAGGUCCCUCCAGGAAUUACAGACUGAACAUGACGUCCUGAAGUUGCAACAACAAAAGGCUGCUGUAACAGAGGAGGACAAGGACCGCUUGUUAGUGGACCUUCAGAAGAAAGUGACUUCUCUGGAUAGACGGCUGCAGGGGAACCUGAGCCAGGACGAGCAUCUACAGGAGCUUCUCCAGGAGAAGUCCAGCCUGGAGCAAAGUCUGGAAGAGACCAGAGCAGAGCUGCUAGCGGUUCGGACGAACCAUGCUGAUACUGUCAGCUCUCUGGAGGCACAGGUAUCCAGAAUGAGUUGCAGCAUUACUGAGCUGCAGACCCUUCUACGACACAAAGACGACUCCUCCAGAGCCUACAAGCAGAGAACAGACACACAAAUAACUAAUCUGGAGCAGCAAGUCCUAGAGAGUAGUGAGAGACUAAAGAGUGCAGAGCAGCAGAUCACAGAGAAACAGCAGUGCAUGAAUAGACUGCAAGGAGAGUGGAGUGCAGAGAAGGCCUUUUUGGAUCAGCAGGUGUGUUUGCUACAGCAGCAGAGUCAGGAGAAGGCCAGCCGGCUGGAGGAAAGUAUCACCUCUUUACACACAGAAAGGCAGAUGCUGCAGGACAGGGUGGCUGAUCUGGACAAGCAGUGGGGUGAGGCAAGCUCCACUCUGAUGCAUCAGACAGAAGAGCUGGAGCAUUGCAGGGCCGAGCUGAACAGCCGGCAGACAGUGAGCACAGAAAUUGCCAAAGCUCUAGAAGAAACCAGACGUCAGAAGGAGGAGCUGCAAACACAGGUUGGAGAGCUGACCAAAUCUCUACAGACCUCACAGCAGGAACUGUCCACUGUCACUGAGAAGCUAGCACUGAGAGAGGAAGACAUCAAAACACUCCAGAAUGAGGUGCAGUGUCGGCAGGCAUCAUUGGUCCAGCUGCAGGAGGAGGUAGAGCAACAGCGAGCCCAGAUGGUGCAGGUGGAGCUGGACAAAGACUCCCAGCUGAUCAGCCUGAGGGAGGAGCUGCUCAGCCAGACACAGCAGCUAGAUAGCUGCCAGGCGCGGAUCUCAUACCUGGAGGUGGAGGUGGAAACCCUGACAGAACAGCUUCACAGCCCUGAAGUGUGUGAGGAGGAUCAGAACGGCAGUGUGACGGUGGACGAUCUGGAUCACAUUCAGAAGGUCAACAGAGAGCUGGAGCAGCAGCUCAGCGACAAGAACAGGACCAUCAAGCAGCUGCAGCAGAGACUGGCAGAACUGAAGAGGACGCUGCAGAAGGAACUGAAGCUAAAGCCUGAGCCAGAAGCUGAAGGGAAGGAGAAGUUGCCAGAAAGCCGAGCAGAAAAACAAGAGAGGCUUUGUCCAGACCCGCCUCCAGCAUCCACCCCGAGCCCCCCAACCUCCAACACCACGGUGACCAACACCUCAGACCUCAACGACUCACGAGAAAUCAACUUUGAGUAUCUCAAGCAUGUCGUCCUCAAGUUUAUGUCAUCCAGAGAGGCCGAGGCAUACCAGCUAAUACGAGCAGUAUCUGUGCUGCUGAACUUCACUCGUGAGGAAGAGGACAUGUUGAAACAAACUCUGGAGUACAAGAUGUCUUGGUUUGGAUCCAAGCCUUCUCCAAAGGGUAUCAUCCGACCUUCAGUCUCAGGCACUUCGACUAACUGGAGCUGAUGAGCAGCAGAAAGAGCUGAAUCGAUGGAGAGUAAGGAACUAAAGGACCACCUCCAAGAGGAAGAAGUCCUUCCUCUGUGGCUCCCAUCACUGAGCAGGACUCGGCUUUAAACUUUGAACAGCCUCCCGGAGUUUUCUCUGGCUCUGUGUGGGAAGGACUGUUGUUUUCUGCUCUGUGGGGACAGAGAAGGGCUGCACAGUAUGUUUGAGGGAUAAAGGCCUAUUCAUAAUCAGUUGUUGAUUUUAAAAUUAUGUAAUUUUCUUGUCAAUGAUUAAGGCAGAUAGACAUUUGACCAAAUGUUAUUGAGGGUAAAAUGAUGGUAAGACACAUCAUUCACACAGGAGUUUUAAGUGUCUCAAGUCUCAUUUUUCUUCUGACAUAUGACACAGAUCUGAUGUUUUCUAGUGCAUGAAAACAGCAAAAAGUGAGUUAGAGUGUAAGAAAAUGAGACAUAACAUCAGAAAGAAAUAACAGACUCAUUUGACUGUUAUUUUAGGAACUGCCUCAUUUUAAACUACACAAGUCACAUCCAUUUUUGUUGGAACAAAAAGCAAUGUGACUUGAUGUGACAGUCUUCACUGGACAAAUGAUAUAGCCUUUGAUUGCUAAAGGACCUUUGAGCCUGUCACUUUGUUAAUCUUUCAUUUUAAAUCAGAGGGCUUCUUAAUGAAAAUGUGUCAUUUAAUGACCUGUACAGUAUCAGUAAGAGUUUAUUUAACAGUACCUGCCAAAUGGACAUAAAUAGUUCACAUGUGUGUCAAAGGAUCUAAAUGUGUCUACAUGUAGAGUUUGAAGCCCUUUUUCAGAAUUUGUCAUAAAAAUGUCAUAAUUUUCUUUACUGAAAUAGCAGUACAUUUUUUGUCUUUAUCUGUUGAAAUAUUCAUGAUAGCACUGAAAGAUGUGUCUACUAUGUUUUGAUGAUCAAGGAAUGCAAUUAGUAUAAGUAAGACUACUUUAGAAAGCUCAUUGAACAAUCAAGGGAGUCCAGGCUGGGAUUUCUGUCCAAUAGAAACCCAAAGUUCGAUAAUUUUCUUGAGAAAUGAGAAUGGUGAUAUUUUACCAUUUGUAAUUGUUGAAUUGAAUUGAAUUGAAUAGUCAUGAUUCACUAUGUUGAAUUUACGAUCAUCAAAAGUAAGCUGGUCAUGAAUCUUUUAAAGAAACUUCCUUGCUCUCAUUUCUCUUUAAAAUUACAUUUCAUCAGAUUUCUUAUUUCUUUUUUUUUUUUUUUUUUUUUUAGAUAUACACAUGCAUAAACAUUUUUGAAAAGGAUCCCUUAAAUAAAGAAUUGGGACCAAGACAUCUGCGAGGAACAUAUUAGUGUAAAAAUAAACUUGUCAGUGCUCUCUGGUGGACAAACCAUGUAAUGAUGACACUGUUUUUAAAAUACUGAAAACAUACUGUAUCUUUGGCAUUUCUGGACUACUAAUUUAUUGUUGCCUGUUGGCCAACAUGUACACGGAUACUGAAAUCGGCCGGGCUGUAGUUCAACAGCUCAUUUAAAUGGGUAUCAAAACUGCUUGACCAUGGGACUGUUAUUAUUACUAUGACUUGAGCCUCCCAGCAGACCUUGCUCUCAAAUCCUCCCUCUGUCACCUGGAUUGACAGACCCUAAUCUAACCAUGGCCCUAACGUAAACCACCUAUAAACUAAAACAUUUGACUAGUAGAGCUUCCUCUGGGAUCGUAUAUAUGUAGCUUGGAAGUACUGUCUUGGAGGCUCAGGUCAGGGUAAAAAAAAAAUGUCUCAAUUCUCAAUUGCUGCUACUGGAUGAACAAAGCUGCCACAGCUGAUACAGUUUGUGCACAUAGACUGUUUUAGGUCCUUUAACACCAUAUGAAUGAUUUAGACUAGUUGUCCAUUUGAUUAAUAAUAAUGUGAUAAAAUAAGUGAAUGCUAUGUAAAUGAUGACUGGAGAACAUGCUCUACCUUUACCUGCCUUUGCUAAUGUAAAUGAAAGUACAUUCCACAUGUCUAUUUAUAUAUGGAAAUAUGUGCAUACUGUAUGCAUUGAGAACUUUAUUAAUCAGUGGAUGUAAAUGGUUUGAUGUGAUCAGUUUGCAGUAUGUAUCAUCAUCAUCAUUGACCAGAACCCAUAUAUGUUUCUGACUCGGCUUGUCACUCAGUCCCACUGCCCGUCAGCAUCCUUCUUCCUCAGUGUGAUGUCAGUCACAACAUGAUGAGGGUUAUUUUUACAUCAGUGGGAAGCCCAGGGAAUCGGCAUGCCUGUGGUUAAACUGCAUUGUUGAAUCCCUAAAGCGGUCUGGCAAGUCUUUUACAAUUCUCUUUGUUUCUAAAGGCCAGAAGAUUCUGCAUUUGUAUUCAUUACAGUAAUAUGCAAACAAUAUGAAGCAGAAAUACAUCAGGGUGCUGUCUGCAUAAGAUUAUCAGUCACAGAAAAGAAACUGUAUUUUAGGUCAGAUUGUGGUUUUUCUGGUGUUUGAAGUUGUAUCUGCUCUGAAUACAUUAUUUGUAUGUUGGGAUGCAGGAGUACAUCUUUGAAUGCCGAACUGUCAUCAUCUUGUGUUACUAAUGACAGGUAGCAGACUGAUGGGUAAUCUACUGUCUCCAUGAGAAUCAAAAGAAACAAUGAAUGCACUUUUUAAUCUGAUUUAUUCUGCUGUGUUAAACCCUGAAACACAACUGUA